AAAAGUUUUAAAUAGGAAGAGAGAGACACAUCCUACGAUACGACCUCAAACCCAACACCCUUUUCUCUUUCUUUUCUCUCUUAUCUCUCUCUGUUUCUCGCUUCGAUUUAUUUUUUCUAUUUUUUCUGAUUAUCAUCAUCCAAUAAUCUCCUCGAUUAGGACAGGAACUGGCUGGUUCGAUUUUGUGAAUCAAGAUCGGCCAAAAUAACCAAACAGGAAAUUAGAAAAUGGAAUCUCAUGACGAAACAGGAUGCCAAGCUCCUGAACGCCCUAUACUUUGCAUUAACAACUGUGGCUUCUUUGGAAGGGCUGCCACUAUGAAUAUGUGUUCCAAAUGCUACAAGGACAUGCUGCUUAAGCAGGAACAGGCUAACCUUGCAGCAUCAUCCAUCGAUAGCAUUGUGAAUGGCAGCUCAAGCACUAGUGGGAAAGAGCCUGUCAUUGCAGGUGCCUUGGACAUUCAAGCUGGAGCAGUGGAGACAAAAACUGUUACAACAGAACCAUCCAGUGAUUUAUCCUCAAGUAAGAAUAUUGAGGCAAAUGUGAAACAGGGGCCUAGCAGAUGCACCACCUGCCGAAAACGUGUUGGUUUGACAGGGUUCAAUUGCAAGUGUGGGAACAUCUUCUGUGCAAACCAUCGUUAUUCAGACAAACAUGACUGCCCUUUUGAUUACAGGACUGCUGCACAAGAUGCCAUUGCUAAAGCCAACCCUGUAGUCAAGGCGGAGAAGCUUGAUAAAAUCUAGGUGUCAUGCCAAAGAAGUUAAGAUUUAUCUAUGGAAGCAUGAUGCUUCUAUUUGUAUCCAUGUGUUUUCAUAUAAGUUCGCUAUUGUCUUGUCAGGUGUCCUAUAUUGAUAAAAGUGCCUAGUUAUGAUAAGCAGGGCAUCUCUUAAGGAACUCUAUAUUCCUUGUUUAGUGGUGAAGAUUUCUUUGCUGGCUCCAGUGUGUAAGUCUUUAUUUGUGCUGGUUUGGAAGACAUCAUUUGGAGUUACUUUGUAA